AUGAAGGAUCUGGAUGCCAUCAAGCUGUUCGUGGGCCAGAUCCCCCGCAACCUGGAGGAGAGGGAUCUCAAGCCCCUCUUCGAGCAGUUCGGCCAGAUCUACGAGCUCACCGUGCUCAAGGACCGCUACACCGGCAUGCACAAAGGGUGCGCUUUCCUGACCUACUGCGCCCGAGACUCUGCUAUCAAAGCUCAGACUGCCUUACACGAACAGAAGACGCUUCCGGGGAUGGCCCGACCGAUCCAGGUGAAGCCUGCGGACAGCGAAAGCCGUGGAGGUAGAGAUCGAAAGCUCUUCGUGGGCAUGUUGAAUAAACAGCAGUCAGAAGAAGACAUUCUCUGUCUCUUUGAACCUUUUGGGGUCAUCGAUGAAUGCACAGUGCUUAGAGGUCCAGACGGAAACAGCAAAGGUUGUGCCUUUGUUAAGUUUUCCUCGCACAACGAAGCCCAAGCGGCCAUCCAUGCUCUCCACGGCAGCCAAACCAUGCCCGGUGCUUCUUCCAGCCUCGUGGUGAAGUUCGCGGACACAGACAAGGAGCGGACGCUGCGACGAGUGCAGCAGAUGGUGGGGCAGCUUGGCAUUCUCACCCCUCCCUUCGCCUUGCCGUUCAGCCCGUACAGCGCGUACGCUCAGGCGCUGAUGCAGCAGCAAACGGUCCUGUCGGCUUCCCAGGGUAGCUUCCUCAGCCCCAGCCUCACUUUCUCGCCGUGCCACAUCCAGCAGAUUGGCACCGUCAGCUUGAAUGGCCUGCCAGCUGCUCCAAUUGCACCGACCUCAGGAAUGGUGGCCAUUCCCAGCAGCCACCCGGCCCUGGAGACGGUUUAUGCAAACGGCCUGGUCCCCUGCACAGCCCAAAACUCAUCUGUGGCAGAGACCUUGCAUCCGACUUUCACAGGCGUCCAACAAUAUGCAGCUGUCUAUCCUGCCACCGCCAUCACCCCUGUCGCACAGGCCAUCCCUCAGCCUCUUCCUAUAAUUCAGCAGCAACAGCGAGAAGGUAGAGUUUGGAGACAAUGA